AUCGCUGCUGCUGCUGCGUGGUUUUCUUGACAUCCAAGGCUUCCCCUCCCUUGCCGAGAAAGAGAGCCUUUCUUCCACUCUCGCUUGUUCCCCGUGUACGUGUGUGUGUGUGAAAGGGAGAGAGAGAGAGAUGAGCAGCAUAGGCACGGGGUAUGACCUCUCCGUUACGACCUUCUCCCCCGAUGGCCGCGUCUUCCAGAUCGAGUACGCCGCUAAGGCUGUCGACAACAGCGGCACGGUGAUCGGGAUCAAAUGCAAGGACGGGAUCGUCAUGGGUGUUGAGAAACUAAUAGCAUCGAAAAUGAUGUUGGAAGGAUCCAACAGGAGAAUCCAUUCUGUUCAUCGCCACUCUGGCAUGGCUGUGGCUGGAUUAGCAGCUGAUGGAAGACAGAUUGUUGCUCGGGCCAAAUCGGAAGCCACUAGCUAUGAGAAUGUUUAUGGUGAACCCAUACCUGUCAAAGAACUUGCAGAUCGUGUUGCAAGUUAUGUACACUUAUGCACACUGUAUUGGUGGCUUAGACCAUUUGGUUGUGGGAUCGUCCUUGGGGGAUAUGACAGAGAUGGUCCGCAACUUUACAUGGUGGAACCAUCAGGAGUUUCCUAUAGGUAUUUUGGAGCUGCAAUUGGGAAAGGCCGCCAAGCUGCUAAAACUGAAAUUGAGAAGCUGAAGUUGUCUGAGAUGACUUGUAGAGAAGGAGUUAUUGAGGUUGCGAAAAUUAUAUACAGUGUCCAUGAUGAGGCAAAGGACAAAGCUUUUGAGUUAGAAAUGAGUUGGGUCUGUGAUGAGUCAAAUCGCCAGCAUCAAAAGGUUCCCGAAGAUCUGCUGGAACAAGCAAAGGCAGCUGCCAAAGCUGCACAAGAAGAAAUGGAUGCUGAUUAAUGGGAGUUAUUUUGCUGGUGUGGUUUGAAAUCUUUUUACGCGUUUUAGAAGUUACAUUGAGAAUCCAUCCUCGGCUUCCAAUUGCGUAGUGAUAUUUUCAUGAGGGGAACAGAUUGUAAGAUUGAUAUGAUUUUACAGAAACAGUUAGAUCACCUGAGUUCCAAUUUUA